AAUUAAUACAGUAAACGCUGUCGUUCCGAUACUUUCCGCAUCAGCAAUUAUCCGAAAAGAACAAGAUUAUCAUCAAUUCAUAUCAAGGUUUUCCUUUUCUUAAGGCUGCCUGAGAGAGCAAUUCCAAUCUCACAUACAGUGCAAGAAUGGAAAGAAGAACAGUUUUCACUGCCUCUCUUGAAGGGAUGCAAAAGGUUAAGUCUCAAGAUGGAGAAAUUCUAACGAAGCCUUUCUUGGAUUUAUGCAAAACAAUAUUACCUGUUUUAGAUAACUUUGGCUCCUCUAUGGCAAUAGUAAAAUCUGAUAUUGGUGGUAAUAUAUCGAGAUUGGAGAACAAAUAUUCAUCAAACCCAUCACAAUUCAAUCUCUUGUACAGUAUAGUUAAGUUAGAGAUUGCUUCUAAAACAGCAAAAGGUUCAUCAAGCUGCACAAAUGGUCUGCUUUGGCUAACAAGGGCUAUGGAUUUCUUGGUGGAAUUGUUUCGGAAUUUAUCAGCACAUCCAGACUGGGAUAUGACACAAGUUUGCACUGAUUCAUACAACAAAACACUCAAGAAAUGGCAUAAUUGGCUUGCUAGUUCAGGUUUCUCAGUUGCCAUGAAGCUUGCUCCUGAUAGGAAAAAAUUUAUGGAUGUAAUAUGUAGUCAAGGUGAUAUUAGUUCUGACAUGGAAAAUUUCUGCAUCAACUUCUCUCCUAUUCUAGAAGAGAAUCACAAGUUCUUGGCUAGUGUUGGGCUGGACGAAAUGAAAGCUUGAAAGCUGCUGUGCUGCUCGAAUGAAUUUUUUUUUUUUCAUUUUUCUUUUCUUUCUUUUUCUUUUGUCUUCUCUACUUCCAUCUAUUUGUUUGCUUUGAUUGUAUAAACUUAUCUACAUCCAAAUUAAUAUAUCACAAACAUAUAUCUUUGACUGUCAAAAGAAAUUGUAUUUCACUAA